UCUCUCUCUCUCGAUUUCGAAAGAGAAAAGCAAUAAAAUGUGCAAUCCAAAGCAAUCGAGAGAAGGACAAAGCCUCAAGAAACAAUUCAUAGUCCCCAAGAGCUCACAAAAACAACAAAGAACAGAGGAAUACUCCUUUUCUUCUUCUGUUCGAAAUGGUCUGGCUGCAGAGACGAAAGAAGCCAUCGCCAUUGCGAAGAUAUCGGUCCCAAUGGUCCUAACGGGUCUUCUCCUCUACUCUCGCUCCUUAGUCUCCACUCUCUUCCUCGGCCGUCUCGGCGAUUCCUCCCUCGCCGGCGGCUCCCUCGCCCUCGGCUUCGCCAACAUCACCGGUUAUUCUGUUCUCUCUGGCUUAGCAAUGGGCAUGGAACCCAUCUGCUCCCAAGCUUUUGGCGCCAAACGGCAUAGCCUCCUCGACCUCGCUCUCCGUCGAACCAUCCUUCUCCUCCUCCUCUCCUCUCUUCCCAUCUCCCUCCUCUGGUUCAACAUAAAGACCAUCCUCGAGUUCUUGGGCCAAGACGCUGCUCUUGCCUCCGAGGCUCGAUCGUUUCUCCUGUACUCGAUCCCUGACCUGUUGGCUCAGUCUUUCCUGCACCCUUUGAGGGCUUAUCUCCGGACUCAAGCCAAGACUCUUCCUUUAUCUGUCUGCGCGGCUGUGGCCGUCGUCCUUCACGUGCCCAUCAACUUCUUCCUCGUCUCGUACCUCGAACUGGGCAGCAAAGGCGUCGCCUUGGGCGGCGUAUGGACAAACUUCAACAUCGUCGCGUUGAUUCUCCUCUACGUUAUGUUCUCCGACAUCCGAAAGGAGGAGACUUUCCGAGGUUUUUCCGAUGAUUCUUUCGCGGGUUGGACAAAGCUUCUAAGCCUGGCAAUACCCAGUUGCGUAUCGGUCUGCCUCGAGUGGUGGUGCUACGAGAUAAUGAUAUUGCUAUGUGGGUUUCUCCUAAACCCUAAAUCCACCAUUGCUUCAAUGGGGAUUCUCAUCCAAACGACCUCUCUCAUCUACAUUUUCCCGUCUUCUCUGAGCUUCGGCGUCUCCACUCGCGUCGGGAACGAGCUGGGCUCUGACGAGCCUGAAAAGGCGAAAAGAUCCGCUAUUGUCGGCAUAGGAAUAAGCAUCAUCCUCGGCUUCACUGCCUUAUCGUUCACUUUAACGGUGAGGAACAUCUGGGCAAGGCUGUUCACGGACGACGAAGAGAUAAUCGCGUUGACUUCAAUGGCGCUUCCGAUAAUCGGACUGUGCGAGCUAGGGAACUGCCCUCAGACGACGGGAUGCGGCGUCUUGAGGGGCUCGGCCAGGCCAAAGGUCGGAGCCAACGUUAACCUGGCAGCGUUCUACGGGGUGGGGAUGCCGGUGGCGGCGGCGUUGGCAUUCGGGUUAGGGUUCGGAUUCAGGGGACUCUGGCUGGGGAUGCUGGCCGCGCAGGGCUCAUGCGUGGUGGCCAUGAUGGUCGUCACGUGCCGUACGGAUUGGCACGUGGAGGCCGAGAGGUCGAAGGAGCUCACGGCCUCUGCUAAUGGCGGAGAUGUGGAGGAGGGACUGCUGGAGAAAGAUUCUUCUUUUGGACCCUAUUGAGUGUUUAUUUUCUCUGUUUGAUUUUUUAAUUUUAAUUUUUCGGGUUGGAAUUUUGGGGAAUUAUUGUAAAUAUGAGAGAGAGUGAAUUUUAAUCAGAGGAAUUUGGUGUUAGCAGCACUAAUGCAUGUGGUGCAAGUGUAACAUAAAU